CAAGGUAGGUAAGUAAGUAGGUACCUAGACUAGGUAGCUGUUCAUUUAUCAAACUCCCAAAUCCCCCCCAUCGUCAUUCCUCUGUCAAGAAAGGUCAUCGUCUGAUGCCUCUUGCGCUUCUUUGAUGCACAUGUAAAGCACUCACUUGGGUCUGUUUGUCAUUACCUACAUACACAUUCAUACAAGAUUGCUAUUCUUGUAAUCCUGUUGCUGUGGUUUUACGCCUAUCUCAAUUCGAAUAUCAAUGUGCUGUUCAUUUUAGCCGUGUUGGCUGGCCAGCUUGCUACAUCUAAUCCGGGCCAGUUUCAAUCACCCACUUUCAACGUCGUACCUUACCUACCAACAUCGAGUGCUGUACAGUAUUGUACGUGGCAUAGAAUCGCGCCUCCCACUAUUGUGGUUGUGUCUAGGGCAGUCUGCUAUUUGCGCGUCCUAAUAGGAGUUUGGGCGUGCUCUACCGCGGACAUCGUUCGGCGCCUGCAUCCCACGGCACUCUCGAAGCUCCUGAGCUCCUGGCGAUUCAUUGCGCGUUACCAUCCCAGACACUGCAGCCACAGUCCCACGACAUUCAUCCUCCACCUCCCAAGACAUGCUCGUAUCUCGCCUUUGGUGAUUCGACUUUGACCGAGCCUGAAGAUCAAAUUACCAGCAUCCCUUCUCCAACAAAACCAGGGAGACAGCGCUGCGAAAGAGGCUGUUGACCCACCUAUCCAGACAAGAUGCCUUCUCCAAGACGGGUGCGAUUCUUGAUGGUGACAGUUCUCGCUGUCGUUGUCACCAUAUUAUUCUACACAUCUAAGGCGCGACAUACCACGUCUCGCGAUCCUCGGACAUUGAACAGCUUCUUUGGCAAGACUGUGAAUGGGCUGGACCAACGGCACAAAAACGAUGGACAGAUUGUAAUCGGUGGGAAGGGGUUGACGAAAGAUGAUAGCCUCAAAGACCACGAUGGAGACGGUAGUGUUGACGAAGACGAUGAACAAUUAGCUCAGCAGAUGGCUGAACGACUGCGGGCUGCUGAACAACAAGCUAAGGACCUAGCAAACGCAAAGUCCCCCCUCAAACCAGAUGCCCCAAGCGAAGUUGUAGGCGUUGGUAGUUCUGCGGGUGGUCAGAAGAAGGGGAAGUCUAGGAUCUCAAAGCAAGACACCGAAGAUGAGAGAGACGAUGAUGAGAAUUCCGAGGCGGAAGUUACCUUGAACCAGAUUCUCAAAAGAUCCCCAGUUGUAAUUUUCUCCAAAACAUAUUGCCCUUAUUCAAAGAAAGCAAAGGGCGUUCUGCUUGAAAAGUACAUUAUUGAGCCCACACCCUACGUUGUUGAGCUUGACGAGCACCCGCUCGGAACCGAGCUACAAGCCCUUCUCGCUGAGAAGACGGGUAGGAAGACAGUCCCCAAUAUCAUUAUUAAUGGCAAGAGUGUUGGUGGCAGUGAUGACAUUGCUGAGCUUGAUCUGCGGAAGACGCUGAUCGACAAGUUUAAAUCCAUGGGCGGCAAGAAGAUUUCUAUGAAAGAAAGGUUCACGGGCAAUGCUAAGGAUAAGGCGGUUUAAGUGAAUUUCAGUAUUUCGGGGCAACUGUAGAUAUAGGAUGGACUUGGGUUGUUCACGAUCACAUAUGCAUUAGUGGUGUUGGGGAACGCUGGGAUUUGGCCAAAUGUUUAUCACUUUUAUGGCACCUUGUACAAACUAUGCUGGAGAAUGCUAUUGAGCGUGCCUGUUAAGCCACGCAGUUCUGCCAUGUUCUAGUGGCACUAAUGAGACGUUAUAAUCCGAAACUGCAUAGAUUGCCG